AAAUCGAUAUCAGCCGGUCUAUCGAUAUCAUCCGCUUUCCCUGUGUUUUUGUUUAUUUCAUUAAAUUGAUCAAAUAUCCGAAAAUGAGUGACAAAACCAAGGAGGAUCUGAAGCGCAGUGCUCCGGAGGAUGAGGAGGAACCGCAGGCAGAAGAGGCGCCCGAGGAGGACGCCUGGAUAGGUCCCAUGCCUUCAGAGCAGAGCGCCCCUGUGCCGGCCAAGAAAAAGAAGGUCCUGCCCUACGAGCACAUCUACCUGGAGAACCUGCCCAACGCCGAGAGCUACGAGAGGAGCUACAUGCACCGCGAUGUGAUCACCCACUUGGUCUGCACCAAGACGGAUUUCGUGGUGACCGCCAGUCUGGAUGGCCACAUCAAGUUCUGGAAGAAGGGCGAGCUGGGCAUAGAGUUUGUCAAGCACUUUCGCAGCCAUCUAGUGCCCAUCAAAUCGCUGACCACCAAUGACAGCGGCACCCUGCUCUGCUCGGCGGCCACGGAUCAGACAGCCAAAGUCUUCGAUGUGGUCAACUUUGACAUGAUCAACAUCAUUCGCUUGGGCUACACGCCACAGUGCAGUGAGUGGAUAAAUGGACCUGGUGAUGCGGUGCAAGGAUUGGCCAUUUCGGACUCGGAGAGCAGCCGCAUCCACAUCUACGAGGGACAGGGAGGUGGAGAGGUUCUGCAUACCCUGGAGAAACUCCACUCUGCGCCUGUUGUGGCCAUGUGCUUGAAUGUGGCCAUGGAGACAGUCAUAUCCGUGGAUCGCAAUGGCAUUCUGGAGUACUGGCAGAACUCCAAGCACGACUACAAAUUUCCCCAGCGCCUGGUCACCUUCGACUCCAAACUGGACACAAGCCUUUUUGAGUUUGCCAAGCAAAAGACCCAAGUCACUGGUUUGGCUUGCACGCCGGAUGGCAAGCGCUUUGCCGCCAUUUCCACAGAUCGCAAGGUUCGCGUUUUUCAGUUCAACACCGGAAAGCUGAUCCGAGUAUUCGAUGAAGCGCUUUCCACAUACACCCAAAUGCAGCAGACCCAGCACGCGCUGCCCAACAUGGAGUUUGGCAGGAGAAUGGCGGCUGAGCGCGAUCUGGAGAAAACGGCCCAAAACACAACCCUCAACAUUCUGUUCGAUAGCACUGGCAACUUCUUGCUCUACCCCACGAUGCUGGGCAUCAAGGUGAUCAACGUGGUCACGAAUCGCUGUGUAACUAUUCUGGGGAAAACGGACAAUAUCCGGCCCCUGCAGGUGGCCCUCUUCCAGGGAAGAAUCAAGCGACAAAAGGCUGCCAUAACCAUGGAGCAGGAGGCCAGUGAAAACCCGGCACUGCAGAAUAUUUUGAAUGAUCCCACAGCUUUUUGCACAGCCUACAAAAAAAACCGCUUCUACUUGUUCAGCCGAAGAUUGCCCUCGGACCUCCAGGAUGUGGAUCGUGAUAUAUUCAAUGAGAAGCCUUCCAAGGAGGAUAUUAUCGCGGUGCCGGAGGCCACAGUCGUGCAACGUAUCUACGAGAACGUGGUGCUCCACACCACGAAAGGUGACGUCCACAUCAAGCUGUUCUUCAAGGAGGUUCCCAAAACGGUUGAGAACUUUUGCGUGCAUGCGAAGAAUGGGUACUAUAAUGGACAUAUUUUCCACCGCGUGAUCAAGGGCUUCAUGGUGCAGACUGGCGAUCCCACGGGAACGGGCACGGGCGGCAAGUCCAUUUGGGGAAGCGACUUCAAGGACGAGUUUGUGCCGAGCUUAAAGCACGAUCGUCCUUACACGGUUAGCAUGGCGAAUGCGGGUCCGAACACGAAUGGCAGCCAGUUCUUCAUAACAGUCCUGCCCACGCCUUGGCUCGACAAUAAGCAUACGGUGUUCGGACGGGUCUACCGCGGCAUGGAAGUGGUGCUCAACAUUUGCAAUUCCAAGGCGAAUCCCAAGACGGAUAAGCCCUAUGACGACAUCAAAAUUAUAUCAAUUCACUUAAGUAAUUAAAGGAAUUUUAAAUAAAGCUUUGAAGAUUA